AUGGGUUUUGUUUACGGGGAGAUUAAAGUUGCUAAAGAAGAAAUUAUCACAUCAUUGGGCGGUAACGAGAAAGCUUACAAGCAUAUUAUAGAUAUCAUAAACAAAAAGAUGAAAGGUCGUCUAGAUUCAAGUUUACAUUUAACGUCUUAUCUUUUGAAUCCAUAUUAUCAUUAUAAGGAUCCACAACUCCAAUAUGAUCCUGAUAUAAUGAAUUCGGUUCUUGAUUUUUUUGAUACAUUACUUUGUGACAAUUUUGAGAUGCAAAGAUUUGGUUGUGAUCUUGCAAUUAAAAAUUGUAAGGUGAAUGAUGUCGAGUUUGAUCCGGCUAGUUGGUGGGGACUAUUUGGUGGCACAACUCCUCAUUUGACAAAGAUUGCAAUGAUAAUUCUUUCUUUGACUAGUAGUUCAUCGGGUUGUGAAAGGAAUUGGAGCACGUUUGAAGGGGUACAUACAAAAAAACGAAAUAGAUUGGAGGCAAACAAAUUGAACAAUCUUGUCUAUGUUCAAUUCAAUGCUAGUUUAAUGGAAAAAAACCAAAAGCGAAAAGAUAGAAAUAUGGAGGUGUUGUUAGCAAAUGAUUCAAUCUCGGCUCAAGAAUGGAUUGUUGAUGUAGAUGAAGUAGACCCCAAAAUGGUUAAUGAAGAUCUAGGAACCGAUGAUAAUCAAGCACCCCGAGAAAGUCCAAGAACGAGGGAACUUUCCGAUGAAGAUUUUGAGUCCGAGUGUGAGGAGCAAGUGUUAGAAGAAGACGAAUAUGAGUCGGAUGGGGUUCAAAUAAUGGAAGUGUGUGGAGAGGAUUAA